UGCUACUAUUGAAAUGAAUGUGAAACUUAAACAAAGUACGAACAUUUUUUUAACAUGAUGAAUACCUCAAGAGUAGAUGAAAAAAUAGUUCAAACCGCUUUAAAUGAAACAGGUUUCGGCAAAUUUAACUAUAAAGUAUUAAUUAUUGUUACUUUAAUAUUGAUAAAUACUGGUAUCAGUUUUGAGAAUGUCAGUUUUGUAAUCCCUGCAGCCACAUGUGAUUAUAAAAUGUCAACAAUUGCGCAGAAUUGCCUAGCAAUUAGUUUCCUGUUAGGAAUGGCACUGGGUUCAUAUUUUUGGGCAUGUAUGGCUGAAACUAGAGGUCGGAAAAUAAGUUUAAUUUAUGGUUUACUUUUGGAUGGCUGCUCAAAUGUUCUAGCUUCUGUUAUAUCAAAUUACUAUGGAUUCGUAAUUUGUAAAUUUUUCAAUGGAGUCGGUCUAAGUGCACAAUUUACAGUAAUCUAUACUUAUCUUGGAGAAUUUCAACCGGAUGAUUAUAGAGACAGGAUGCUUAGUUGGAUGGAAUUACCGUUCAUUUUCGGGACUAUUUUAAAUGCAGGGAUCAGCUGGAUUAUUAUUCCAUUGAAAUUCAGUUACAUAAGUGAAACUACUUUUUUUUUUUUUAACCCGUGGAACUUGUAUAUUUUAGUAUGUGCACUAAUAGCUUUUUUCGCCACAUUUUGUUUGACUUUUCUACCAGAAACUCCUAAAUAUCUUGCCGAAACUGGACAAUAUACUCAGUUAAUGCAUGUCCUUUGUCAAAUGUAUCGUCAAAAUACAGGAAAAUCAGAUAUAAAAUAUAGACAAUGUUUAACAGCCCUAAAUAAUCCAGACGUAAAAGAUUUGUUGUCAAAAGUAAAAUCAUCAAAUAAAACGAACGAAAAUAAACCAGGUUUCGCCAAAAAAUUUAUAAAAUUUAUUGAACAAGUGAAAGAAAUUAUGAAGCCACCAUAUUUGAAUAGAACAUUAAUUACUUGUGUAUCGAUGUACGGUACUUCAUUCGCACUUUCUCUCAUAAUUGUAUGGAUUCCCGAAAUUUUUGAAAGAUUUGCGACGUUUGAAGAAAAAUAUCCUAACAUGACUGCAAGUGUCUGCCUUGUUUCAGAAAAACUUUGUUCAACAAAUGCUACGCUAAAAAAUGGUUUUAAUAGUUAUGCCUGCCCAUAUGAAUUAGACUAUACGGUCUAUGUUCGUACGAUAAUAUUAUGUCUUGCAGCCGUGCCCGCAGCAGUCUGGUUACCACUUUUUAUCGAUAAAAUCGGAUAUAAGUUUUACCUCAUUUCAACGAACACGGUUGUUGGAUUUCUUUACAUCGGACUAUUAUUCGUUAAAAAUUCAUCACAAAAUCUUAUUCUCUCGUGUGUUAUUAAUGGGAUAGGAUUUGGUGAUUAUAUUAUUAAUUGUAUGUUAGUUAGUUUAUAUCCAACUCAUCUCAGAGUUAUUGCGUCCUCGCUAAUGGCGUUUAUUAGGUAUGUAGGAAUUUUCGUGAGCAUUUUUCUAGUUGGUUAUCUAAUCGAUAGUCAAUGUAUGUUAUUGAUAAUAUUAAUAACUACUCAUAUUGGAGUGGCAACUAUUUUUGCAUUUUUCAUUCCUAUUGAGAGAAGAAGAUUGAACAGAUAAUUCAAUGGAUAAUUAAAAAUUGUAUAUAGGCGUGUUGUGAUUAAUAUUUAAUACAUUUUAAGUUAACCCUUAAUUAUUGGCAUGGGGUCGAAAAGAUUGUGAGCAAAUAUGUCAUUUUCUUCGUGUGAGUAAUUUAGAGUUAAAAAAAACAUUUAAGAAUUACAAUUAUUGUUCAUUCCAUUGCGCUACAUAAGUACAUAUAAAAUUAUAAGUUUACUGUCGUUUUUCACAUAAUACUUAAUUUAUUAAUCUCGAUAAAUAAAUUCAAAAUUAUAUUUACAGUGUAAAUAUAAAAUAUGUCUUUUAUUGUUUGUAUUAAUUUUGUGUCACGUUAUUCUAUAAUACAUUA